AUGGUGACAGCAAGGUCGAAGAAGAUCCCCAAUUGGAAGGCACCUUGCCCUGAUGGCGUCCAAGGCUACUGUAUCAAGAAAUUGACAGCAUUACAUGAACAAAAGGCGGACCACAUGAAUGAUUUGAUCAACAACAGGGUCAUCAUACUUGUAUGGAUGACAACUGGAAGGACUCUGCUGUGUCAGAAAAAACCAAGAAAGAGGUAGUGCUGUUGAUAACUAUCGACCCAUAUCCUGUCUACUACUUAGCUACCACUUGCUUGGAAACUGAUGACAGGGAUCAUAGCUGAUAGUAUGUAUGAGUUCUUUGCAGAAAACGAUGCUUUGCCUGUAGAAGAGAAGGGGUGUAGGAGAGAGAGUAGAGGCACAAACGAUUACUUGUUGAUUGAUAAGAUGGUCCUUGCUGAUUGCAAAAGAAAGCACAAGAACUUGGCUAUGGCGUGGGUGGACUAUAAGAAAGCACACGAUAUGGUGCCUCACUCUUGGAUUAUUGAAAGCCUAUAUAUGGCACAGGUAGUGGAAAAUAUAAUAACUUUUCUGCAGAAAUCCAGGUAAAAUGGAAGACAGAACUGACAUUUUGUGGAGAGACACUUGGCUUAGUUGAUAUUAGACGAGGUAUCUUUCAACGAGACAGCCUGUCCCCCCUUAUCUUUGCUGUUUGCAUGGUACUCUUGACCAAGAUCCUACAAGAUACCAAAGCUGGAUAUACCUUAGGAGACGUCAAAAUAUAUCAUUUGUUCUUUAUGGAUUACUUGAAGGUCUAUGGCAAAGAUAAAGCAGAGAUUGAAAGUCUUGUAUCGACAGUGCAGUUGAUUAGCCAAGACAUAGGAAUGGAAUUUGGGAUAAACAAAUGUGGUGUUGUGGUGCGGAAGCGGAGGAAGUUGUGUAAAAGUGAGGGUAUUAAGUUGAUAAAUGGACAGACCAUAAAGGAAGUUGAUGACGAAGGUUACAAGUAUGCGGCAUUCUAGAGUUCGACAAGUUUAAGGAGAGGGAAAUGAAAGACAUAUUUCGAACAGAGUACUUAAGGCGGUUCAAACUAGUCAUGAAAUCUCAGCUCAUUGAACAAGAUGAAAACAGCAAACACUUAAGCUGUGUCGCUCACGAGGUACGGAGCAGGAACAAUUAAAUAGAAAGAAGAGGAACUUCAGGAAAUAGAUAGGAAGUCUAGAAAAAUCAUGACAAUGAAUAAGGAGCUACACCCUAGAAGUGAUGUUGCCAGAAUAUACGAACCCAGAAAGAAGGGAGGAAGACGCCUGAUCAGUUAUGAGAGCUGCGUGAGGAGAGAAGAGAACAACUUGAGUUGGUAUGUGAGAAAUAGUGAAGAGGUAUUACUCAGGAAAGUUGGAGAUAGCAAUGUAGUCAACAUCUCAGAGGCUGUGGACCCAAAGGAGUACAAAGUGAAUGAAGUAAAAGAGACGGAGAAUGAAUGGAAGCAGAAAAGAAUGCAUGGGCACUAUGUGAGAGAAAAGGAAGUUGACUGGGAUAGAACUUGGCAGUGGAUUACAAAAGGAGAUUUGAAAGGAUGUACUGAGUAG